AUGCCGAUACUUCCCCUCGAGAUCCUGCAGCUCGUCUGUGAACACGCCGUCGAGCAGAUUGCAUCACACCCAAGUCGAGGCAGUCGAAGCGCAUUUGAGACCAAUGUAUCCACAAAUGUCCACUGUUUGUCGCUUUUGGGAUUUAGUGGUGUAUCUCGCAGUUGUAGAGAGGCCUCUGUGCCGUACCUGUUCCAAAGCAUCACCGUCAGAACGACAGAAAGAGCAUCAUCCAUCGCAUCCAGCCCACUGCUCCAAUAUGUUAGGCACAUUCACCUCCCAGCUGUGGACGUGUUGACCUGCCGUCGCCCGGUACCCUUCUCAGUCCUGAAACUGGUAUCGGGGGCGACUUCCAUGCGGAUUACGGCCACCGAUCCGUCCUUUUUCCUCACGGCUCGCACGCUGAUGUCUCGAUUGCUACGUUCCGCCAAAUCACUCGACACAUUAGAGCUAUAUUCCGAGCCAAUCUCGACGCAACUCGACGGCUUAUCUAUUAUUGCGAACCUUGUCCCAGCGUGUCCAAAGUGGUUGAAAGCACUAUAUUUUGCCAUGCCAGGAGGGCAGCCCGAGGCUACUGGCGUAGAAGUACGUACAUCUGAUCCCAUUAUUUGCCUCAUGUCCGGAGCAUUUGGCACUCACUUCGCACGUCGACUUCCUGCAUUGCGUCGGGCAACCUUUGUUGCUCCAGGAAAAAAUCCUCGGCGGGAGAUUCCUGUGCUCGAGUUGAUUGGCCCGAAGGACGGAUCGCGAGUGAAUGGCUUCAAGGGAGAUACGUUGGUUUAUGAAUUCCAGAGAAGCCAGGGCAACAUGUGCAUAGACCCUGGGGACAAGGAAGUUAAACAUCUCGAGAGUCCACAUUUGGCCAUCACCAGGAUGACCCAUUGA